GCUGCGGCGGCGCAGGAGGGGGCGGGUUCGGCGAGGGCGCGGCCUCUGAGAGGGGAGCGCACGAUACGCAUCCCCGGGAUCGCCCGGGCCACUCGGGAGCCUCGCGGCAGCCCGGCGCCCCACUUGGCCAUCCGCUCCUUGCCCGCCUCCUCUUGUUACCUCCCGUCUCAUCCUUCUCGCUCCUUCCCCGCCGCAUACACCGCCAUCCGAGUGCCUCAGAGAGCCGGAGGUGGUGUGCGGGGCUGCAGGGCACGACUUCAAGCGGUCCUCAGCUCCGCACUAGCGGGCACGGGUAACAGCAUGGACACCAAGCGCUGCUUCGCCAAUCGCUUCGAUGACUACCAGGGCAGCCUGCUGGCGGGCCAGUGUGAGGAGGCGGUGGCGCCCUUGGUCACCGCCACCAUCGAGCGCAUCCUCCAGGAGCUUCCCCCACUCGGGGGCGACGCGGAGGCCCGAGGGGCGACGGCCGGGGCUAGCGGCUGCCAAGGGGGGCUUUAUGGCGGCGUGGCCGGAGUGGCCUACAUGCUCUACCACGUCUCGCAGAGCCCGCUCUUCUCCACCGCCCGGGAACGCUAUCUGCGCUCGGCUAAGCGCCUCAUCGACGCGUGCGCCCGCGCUGAGGAGUGGGGCGAGCCGGACGCCGACACCCGCGCUGCCUUCCUGCUCGGGGGCGCGGGCGUGUACGCCGUGGCCACGCUCGUGUACCACGCCCUGGGCCGGUCCGACUACGUGCAGCCGCUGGGCAAGUUCCGGGCUCUGUGUGCCGUCUGCGCGCCGGUCUCCUUCCUGGAGUGCGGCUCCGACGAGCUGUUCGUGGGCCGCGCAGGCUACCUGUGUGCCGCGCUGGUGCUCAAGCAGAAACUCGCCCAGGAGGUGCUGACUCCAGCACAGAUCAAGUCAAUUUGCCAGGCAAUUCUGGACUCUGGGAAGCAGUAUGCCAUAAAGAAGAGGAAACCAUUCCCCCUGAUGUAUUCUUACUAUGGAACUGAAUACUUGGGGGCAGCUCAUGGAUUGUCGUCUAUUCUUCAGAUGCUUCUUUCUUACCAUGAGCAUCUCAAGCCCUCAGAUCGGGAGCUGGUAUGGCAGAGCGUGGACUUUCUCAUGGAACAGGAACAAAAUUGCAACUGGCCACCUGAGCUCGGCGAGACCAUCGAGAGAGAGAAUGAGCUGGUGCACUGGUGCCAUGGCGCUCCAGGAAUUGCCUAUCUGUUUGCCAAAGCUUAUCUAGUUUCCAAGAAACCGCAGUACCUGGACACAUGUAUUCGGUGUGGGGAACUCACUUGGCAGAAAGGCCUGCUAAAGAAGGGGCCUGGGAUUUGCCAUGGAGUAGCCGGCAGUGCCUAUGUCUUCCUGCUGCUGUACCGGCUCACGGGAAACUCUAAAUAUAUCUACCGAGCUCAAAGGUUCGCUCAAUUCUUAUUUACUGAGGAAUUCAAGGCCGGUUCUCGGGUCCUUGAAAGUAUAUACAGCUUGUAUGAAGGCUUCUCCGGGACAGUGUGCUUUCUGAUUGACCUGCUGCAGCCCAAUCAGGCUGAAUUCCCUCUCUUCAGCGUCUUUGUUUAGAAGGCUCCAUCUUCCACUGUGGCCCUGCAGAGAUCCCCUGAGCCAAGCCAAGGCAGUUUCCACAUAAGCCACAUUCAAUGGUAUCGCGACCAUGAGCCUUAACAUUGCCACCAGAAGGAAGGAAUCAGGCAGGUGAAGGCAACAUGAUGCCAGAUUUGAGAAAGGAUCUGCAAAAUAAAGAUACCACAACUCAUCUCAAAACUGCAGAGAUUUAAUGUUUCAGGGAAUAGAUGUGAAACAAGGGAUCAUAGGAAAAGGGGAAAGAGAAAUGAUCUGUUUUUCAGUUAUGACAUAGAAAACCAAACUGCAAGUGUGGACUAUGACAAAAAGUAUGCUAAUACCUUUGCAAUCUCAAUGAGAAUUUGACCGUUUGCGUGUGCCCUCUACCCUUAAAUUCAGAAAUAAAGACAAUCAAAAAUUAAAAUAAUUGCCCAGCUGAAAACUGCUAUGAGGGAUGAAUUGUCAGGUUGCUGAAGUAUAAAAAUAAACUCUUGGUUGUCCUGUGCUUAUAUUUAUUGAAAUUUAUGUUUUUUACUGAGUAAAGAUAUUUGCAUAUGAAUCUCCAUUUUUUUUUUCAUCACCCUGGGCAAUUUAAAGAAAUCAUAUCAUAGCUUAGUUCAGAUACUAAAAUUUGAAGUUUUCUUAGACCUUAGAACAUCUCUUUUCCUGGUUCCUUUUUCUCCUCAAAGCUCAAUUAGAAUAGCAAAAUUUAUAAGCUAGUAAACUUAUACUAUAGCAAGUGUUGCUAUCAAGUGUUUUUCUCCAUAGGAAGUGUGAACUGUGUAUUGUCUAUUGUUAGUAAUUUUUAAAAUGCCUUUAUGUACAUAAUCUUGAUGGAGCUAUUAGCUGAACUAUAAAAUAUACUCUUGGUAAAAAUCACUAAUUUCAAAGAUCAGGGUAACCACUACAAAGAUGUGUCAUUUCUGCCUUUGUUUGGGACAGGGAGACAGGCUGGGGAAGUUACCAGUGAUUGUGGAAAUAAUUUUGCUCCAUUUUAUACUAUUACAUGAAGAGAUGAGUGAAUUCUGUGGUUGGUUACCUUACCUUCCAAGACACAGGGUCCACUAGAAAUUGGCUGUAAUACUCAUUGAGCCAAGUUGUCAUAUUAAAUUCAACCCUGCUGUAAACACAUAGAAGUUGUGAAAUUGCUUCAAGUAAACAGUGGUUUGCAGAACACUAUAGGAGCAUCUGUCACUUCAAUAUGCAGAGCAUGAGUUGACCCUUUUCCUAGAAUUUGGUCAGUGGCAAUUGCAUAUAUCAGAUUGAGUAGGAAAUUGUGUACUUUAUAAGACAUUUAAAUAGGCAUUAAAUAUUUGGAUAUAUUAUGUGUAUGUGUGUAUGUAUGUGUGUAUUCCAUAUGUAUUCCCAUGUAAAUCCAAAUACUUAUUCUUUAUUUCAGUAAUUCUUAACUCGAAUCAUAGACUUUGGAAUGAGUUAGGGAAUGCUCUGUUGCCUACAAAGCAAACCUACAAGUGUGUUGGUGUAUGUAUGUGUAUGGACCAGUUUGUUCGUGUGUGCUCAUUUUGCAGGGAUAAGGGUCUCUAGCAUUCAUAACAUUCUCAAAGAAUCUGACCAAAGAAAGCAACAACUAUCUUUGUGUAUUUUAUGACUGUGUAUGUUUGCACUCAUUGCAAUAAAGUAGGACAAAAUGAUUUUGAAAUGCAUACAACUUUUAAGUUUCCUGUUUCGUUUUUACAUCCUCAGAUAUAACUGUAUCAAAUUGGCCUCAGUUGUUCAUCAGUGAAAAUGCUCAGUUUGGGGUGAUACCACGUAAAUAGCAGCUUUCAGAUGACUCUAGAUUGGGUCCAGAAGUUCUUUCAUAUAGGCUGAAUAUAAUAACCAUCCUAUAUACAGAGCUUUAUGGAACACAUGCAGUUUUUAUCGUCCAAGAACCCCUCAAGAUGUGUUUGGUAAAUGCUCCAAAGUCUCACAGCUAGAAAAGGACAAAACAAGGAUUCAGACCCAGGGUUUCACUUUCUAAGUUUAUUUAUUCAGUAUUCUAGACUAGAAUCUGGGGAUACAAUAGUGAACAAAAUAACCUUUCCCUCAAAGCUACCUUCUGUUUCCAUUUGCUGUUCUUUCACAAUUCAUCCUUGAGACCUGAAACCUAAAGCAUUCAGAACUGAUACUCUAGCUCAUUAUCAUAUCAGUUCCAUUUCUAGUAACUUCAGAAAAACAAGACCACUUCCGGGCCUAUCUGCCCUUUUAAGGUCUGAUAGGUCUGAUGAUGAUGUGCUAACCAUUAUGAAAGACAACCCCUUCUGUGUGUCAAAUCUAAGCAAGGACCAUGUUUGAGUAUUGUCUUUAUGAAAUGACAUCUCGGCAAAUUAGAAACAACAAUAGGCUUGUUUAGCACUUAAACAUGUUGAUGAAGCUUUUCAUUUUCCUGAAAGAACUGUAGAUUUUGGAAGGUCCUCUUCUAUAUUAUUUUUCGAAGAAGGGGAAAAAAGAUCCUUACAUUUUGCUGUAGGAAAGUGUGGCAUGUUCCUUCUUAUUUAAUUAUCCAACUUGCCCCCCUUCUCUGUGGUAGCAUUUUUAAUGUAGUACUUAAGCCUGUUGUCUCUUAAAGGCUACAGGGGCAUUUUCACCACCACUAGUAUAACUUUAAUAUUAUUUACUAUACAUAGCGUGAGCAAUUAUAAACCCUGAAGGUAAUAGUGGAAAUGUUUGAGGAUACAUUGAAAGAGUCUCUCAGUAAUGGGGAGACUGCAUUCUACUUUGAUAGCAGGACAUUUUGGAAACCAUUACAACUCUGUGUAUUUUGUUUCAUUAAUGUAAUUACAUACCAUCUCUUCCACACACACCCCAAAAUAUUAUAUAUUUUUAUCUUGCCCAAACCUGUUUCAGUCAUCAGUUUGUAGUUUUUCACUUCCACUUGUAACUUGAUAACUGAGUAGAACAGGGGUUUGCUAGAGUACAUUUCCCUGUGCUUCUUUAGGUAGUUGACUAUGCUAUUAAGAUAACAGUAUUUACUUACUGAUAACUCGAGAAACAGUCGUUUUCUUGGUCUGUGCUAAAUUGCAUCUCUUCCAGUGGCAGCUUAUUUCUUUAACUUUUUUGACAUAUUAAGAUUUUAAUCAUGGUAAUACUGAAAUUGUUUCAAAUUUGAAAGAGCAAAUCUCAGUAAUUUCAAUGAAACAAAUGUGUUUGUAAUUUCUAGCCAUGUUAAAUGAACACACAAUUAAAAGGAAAAACAUUAGUAGUGCAAAGAGCCCUGUUCUGGAAAUCUCAAAGUCUUGCUCUGCCACUUUUAGGGGCCACUAUAGUAAUAAUAAUAAUCACCCUAUUUACUUCACAGGAUUGUUAUAAAAGUUGUCAAUGAUAAAAUGAAUAUAAGUGAGUCUUCUAAUGUGCAGAUGCUUUAUAUAUUUAAAAGGGAUGUUAUAUUUUACCCACUAUAUACAUAGAAAAAUCAUGCCCAGUUAUGACUUCCAAUAAGCAUUUCCACCAAAUAGAAUCUCUAUAUGUGGAUGCAGUGCUUGAGGUCUGGGUCACUAGAUGGAUAAAAACCAAGUGUACAUUUUUAAAUAUUCUACCACCAGUCCUGAGCACAGCAUUUUGCCUCAGAAGGUUCUGAUUCAACAAGACUUACUACAUGGGAAUAGACUGAUUUAGCUCAGAAGCUCCUUUUAAUGCAAAUAUUUAUUUUGCUUGCUGAGAACAAAAGAUUACAGUGCCAAUAACUCAAGAAAAGGAGCAGGCAAGCCAGGUCUGUAGAGAGAAAAUGAACUGGAAAAUAAAGUAAUUCUGGGGUGAGUUUGAUCUGCACUUUAAUUCAAGUCUCAGAACCAUGUGACAUAUAGUGAUCAAAAUAUACUCUCAAUUGCAUAUUAGGCAUUCCUUUGGGGACCUGGGCUAUUUAUUCAGCACUGUCCCAAAUUAAUAGCUAAAUGAGCCUCAAAUUUGCCGAGCCCACAUAAUAUUGGUAUAAAUUUGGCAAGGAAAGCAAAUGAGAAGGCAGGCAAAGGGGUGGGUGAGGGGAAGCUUGCUGAAGCUCAGUAUCUCAGAGUGAGUUGUGGAUGCAUGUUUAACACUGUAAAGAACCAGUCCAUUUUUACCCAUGAGUUUCAUUGCUUUCUGGGACCUCUAACCCAGCACCACCCCUGAUUCACCAACGUCUCCUUCUUAUCCUCUUUAAAUAUUAUAGUUCAUUGUGAUAUGUUUUUUCCUGUAUCUGCUCUAUCAUGUGACCUCCUUUCGCCUGGGAGGGCAGGUUUUCUCCUUAUCUUUUCCAUCCAUGUCUGUUCUUAGCUAAGAGUUCCAGCCUCAAUACGGCUGGAUUACCCUUUGGACAGAAGGGCGGACAACCUCAAGGUCAGCAGCAACAGAAGUUGGGUCUAGUAGUCAGAUCACAAGUGAGUGUGGCUAUUCAUGAGAAUAGGGUGGUGGUGGCAUUUAUCCUGCUUCCCCUCCAUAAAUAAACCUGGCAAUUUUAUUUUUAAUGUUACAAAAAGGUUGAUGCUACAUUAAAUGUUUGACCCUCAUCCAUUAUCAUAAAUCUCAUACUGGAGGUGCAAUCUCUCGUCUUGUUUCUUUAAUUGAAAGUACGAAUGAAUCAAGGCCUGGUGGAUGAUGCCUUUAGAGUUUUUUGUUUUAUUUUAUUUUGUUUUUGUUUUCUUGAAUCAUUGAACCUUGUCAUUUUUAUCUAGACUCUUCCACAAAUGGCAAAGUCACUUAUCUGCAGAAUUCCCAGAAUCUUCUUUUGCCUUUGUGCACCUAUUAAUUACCCCUUCUGAACUCAAUUUGAAAAAAUUACUUAAAAUAACCAAAUCACCCAUAUUUUUGUUCUUUUGGGGUUUGGUGAGUUAUGUGGAUUAAAAGAACAGACUAUCCUCUCUUCUUUUUCUCUUUCUUCUCCCUGUCCAAUACUCAGGAAGAAGAGGGAGAAGGGGGUAAAGAUGCAUGAGGCUUAACUACCCAGGGUUAUGAAAAGAGUUUGCAAAGACUUUCUGUUUGCUUCCCUUUUGGGUUUUCUUAGUCCUUGUAGGAAAAAGUUUAUCCCUCUGUGUGCGAGCGUGUGUGUGUGUGUGUGUAAGUAGUCGAGCAAAAAAGAAUGAGACGGACUUAAGGAGAGUCAAUAUCGCAUAUGAAUCAAAAGCUGACAUUUAGCUAUUAGCUAGAUCUCAGUAAAAGGAUAUGUUCAAGCUAAGUUGAUUACGUUUAUUAAACUUAUUUAUUAAGCUUGACUAAGCUUAUUAAAACUUCUGCUAGGUUGAAGCCAUUAGUAACCAUCUGUAGAAGACAACAGCCAUGAGUUUCACAAAUACAGCAGCAGUGUCUGCUAGAAUCGUGAUGUGAGCCAUGAAUGCAAACCACAUAUGCAAUUUUCAAAUUUUCUAGUAGCUAUAUCAAAACGGUAAAAAGAAAAAGAUGAAAUUAAUUUUAAUAAUGUAUUCAACUUAGCCUUAUAUAUCCAAAAUGAUAGCAUUUCAAUAUACAAUCAAUAUAAAAACAUGAAUGAGAUAUUUUACAUUUUUGUACUGAGUCUUCAAACUCCAGUGUGUAUUUUAUACUUCCUAUACAUCUCCAGUCUCGAUGUAGCCACAUUUCAAGUGUAUAAGAGCGCAUGUGAGUUGGCUAUUGUAUUGGACAGUGCAGGGCCUGCAUCCCAUUCCUGGUUCCUAGUAUUGAUAAAGUCUUUCUACCUUCCUUUGUUGUUAUGGGAGAAAAUGGAAACAGAACCUGCCUAUUACAUGAGUGCUGCACUAUUUCCCCAAAUGCAGCCCAGCAGUACCAAGAGCUGCCCUGUGGAAAAAUGUAUUCUGUGAUUAAAUAAGUUAGGAAAGUUUGAUUAUUUUACCCCCUUUUGAAGAUUAUAUGAUACAUUAACAUUUUAAAGAUUGAGAAAACUCUCCUGGGUAAAGAAACCUGUUUGACGUUGUUUAGUUGUUGAGUUCUGUGUCUAUAAGAAUCAUAGAAAUUGCCACAAGUGUCUCUCCAUAAGAAAAACUUUGUGUUUUCCUCUCUUUUUCCACUCCUUUUGGAAGUGAAUACAAGGAUAAAUUUCUAUUUAUCAUUGUAUUCAGAAUCACCUGAGAACAAUAUCUCUUUUGUUCUAGAACAACCACCUCCUAAAUUGAAACCAACAGAUGGCUUUAAAGUCUUGCGCUUGGACAUAGAUCUUCAGAAAGUACCAAAGUAUAUACCUUCCUCUUAUUCUUUCAGAAAUGGUGAACACUCUAAAAAGAUGUGGGGGUGUGGUGGGGGACAUCUGAACGUGUAUAUGUGUAAACACCAAAUACAUACAGUUUCUUAAGUAGAGCAAUGCAAUUCUUGCUGAUGUUUUAUUUUUAUAUUUUGCGUGUGGUGUUAAUGUACAUGCUUUAAUGUGUACUGUUCUAGUAAUAUGUAUGAAGUAGCUGUGACAUAGCAGUCAGUUUUAAAGAUACAGACUAUAAUUGACUACUGUCAAUCUUUAACAAGUGAUCUUUUUGCAACUUGGUUUUAGUGGGGUCUCUGAUGUUGUCCCCAUAAAUUUCGUUUUAAAAUCUAUGCUUAAGUGGCAGUUACCAAUAUAAUUAAUUCUGCUGCUGAAUUUGGUUCAUGUUGAAUGUGGUAACCCUUCUAUGUGGAUAUAUUCGAACAUGUGGAUUGAUUUAGAUAAUCAGUUUUGUCUUUGUGUUUUAGGACUUUGCUAUUUCAAUAUUAAAGAUGUCUUUUGAAUACUGUAGCAGCAGUGGAAUCCCUAUGUUCUUGAAAAUGCCAAAGGUAACAUGAGUUGCAUAUAGACUCUUCAGCAGUAGAAAUUAAAUAUUCUAAGUGCAAAAGUUUGGUUUUAGAAUCUGAUAAGGAAGGACAGCCCAAUCUUUAAAAAGGUACAGCUUUCUCAACUUUGAACAUCUGGGGGAACUCUUCGUGGAAGUCUGAGUUUUAAUAUCUUUAAUCCAAUGGCUCUAAGUUAACAAACAUUUAAAAAUGGAUUUUGUAGAAUCAAAUUAUUAGGGGGAGCACUUUGCAAAGCCAUAUACUGGGGAAUAUAUACUGGGUCAAGCACCACGUGUUAGUUUUGGAAUGUGUAUUUCCCAGCGAAUAGAAUUUACUGCUCCAAAAAGCUUUUUUGGCAUAAUUCACAAUACUUAACAGAAAUAUAACUGUAAUCAUUGAGAAAAACAAAGCUCACCUUCCUAAUGAUACAUUUCACAAACAGCACAUUAGGGCAAUUUCUUACUUAUGGGGAGGUACAAAGAAAUACUCUGUCAAUAUAGUAUAACUGCUUGUUUCAAAUUGUAUCUAGGAAUGAAUAACUACUAUUAUUUAAAGCACUAUUGAAUUUUGAGGAACUGAUCAAAUAAUUAGUAUUAUUAAUAAAAUUGUACUCUUUGCAAUAUAUUUGCCUUGGCACAAAUGCAGAGUUAAAAGCAUAAAAUUAUUUAAAAAUUACCAAAUAUUAGUGAUUGGUUGUUACUACUUUAAAAUCCUACUAAUUUCUGUUAACACUAAAUCAAACAGCAGUUAUCUGUUGUACACAAGUAGAAUUUUGGAAGACUCGGACACAAAAUGAAAGCCUUUUAAAAAAUGUCUUUUUGCCAUAACAGGUUAUAUGACCUCUUGCUAAUCAUUAUAUUUCCUUAGGGGCACUUCGAAGCUCUUUCAAAGACAUCUGCAGCAAUUAGGUCUAAAUUUAGAGUAGAAUAUUUUGCCACAUAUUUUACUAUAUCACAAAAUGUCAUACUACUGUAUUUUAUAAUAAAGCCAAAUUCUCAAGUAUUCUAGUAUGUUACCUAUUAAUACACCAAAACAUCACUUUCUAUAAGUCUAUUAUUAUGUACAUAAUAUUUUAAAAAAUAAUGGGUAUUUUGGUCCUAGUGAAAAAGUAUAAUGCAAUACAUGACAUUAAUCUUUAGUCAAAACCCACUGAGGUGUCUGACAGGGAAACUAGCAAUCAUAAUCUAUAAGGUAUAUAUUAUUCUCAAGGACAAAAUGGCAAAUGAUAAUACAGAAAGACGUUGAUCACUGGAGCAAGUUAGCUGGUGUGCAGACUGAGUGAGCAAGUGUGCAGACUAAGAAGGAUCAACUUGCAAAUGCUCAUCAGAAUUUAGCUUUUGUUAUUGAUUGUUUCUGGAGGGGAUAGUACUAGUCAGUUGAUAUUGCUUCCUUUUCACGUGGGAGUUUGCUCACAGCCCACUGCAUGGUAUAGUGAAAUCUCUUUAUAAGCAAGAUAGAGUCAGAAGCUUAGCGAUGCACCUUAUGGUUUUUACAACUGCUGCUACAAUGUUCUAAACACUGUGAUCUUUCCAAAUGUGUUUUCUGUAUUCGUUUUGUACUGUAGAAAAUAAUUCGCUAUAAACUGGACUUUAUAGUGUUUAAAGCAAUGUUAUUUAUUGGCUUAUUGCCCCUCCUUACAAUACAUUUAUGUACAGUACACUUAAUGUAAAACCUGUGAUAAUCCUUUGCCUUAAAAUAAAAUCUAAUGCUAAAUA